AUGUGUAGCACAUGGGAGAGUUUCCACUUCAAGACGUUCGAUGGGGACAUUUAUCAGUACCCAGGCUUGUGCGAGUAUAACCUGGUGUCUGACUGCAUAUCAAAACAGUUCUCAGUUGAUGUGAAAAGAGCCCAAACCAGCAGAGGCCCAAAGAUCAGCAGGAUCGUGGUUAGCAUCAAUGGCAAAAUGUUUUCUAUCAGCGAAAACAAGGUCAUGAUCGAUGAUAAAAUUACAAAGCUGCCCGUGUAUGAAUCAGGGAUCCUUAUAGAAGAGAACACAAUCUACACCAAUAUCCGAUCCAAAAUAGGCCUGACGGUCAUGUGGAGCAGAGAUGGGGCAGUCACGGUCGAGCUGGACAAUAAAUAUCAAAAUAACACCUGUGGAUUGUGUGGCAAUUUCAACGGGAUUCCUGAUGAGUUUGCUAUAUCAGAACCAGGAAACACACAAAAAAUAGGCUACAUUGAAUUUGGGAAUAAACACAAAGUUUUCAACCCAAUGGAAUUUUGUGAAAAUCCUUCUGAAACAGAUGAAAAGAACAACUGGAAAGCUAAAUGUGAAAGUUAUAGAGCAGAUUGUGAAGAGCUUUUCAUGGCUGAAGCCUGGUCCUCUUGUGACUUGAGCUAUUAUCCAUAUGUAGACGCCUGUGUGUAUGAUAGAUGCUUCAGCAAAUCUUCUUCACUCUGUACGACUCUGUCUGAAUAUUCACGCCAGUGUUCACAUAAUGGAGGAACUCCAUCAAGCUGGAGAACAAAAAAAUUCUGUGCUGUGAUGUGCCCUUAUAAUAUGAGCCAUUCUGAGAGCGGCUCCCCCUGCAUAGACACAUGCUCGAAUGAAAACACAAACACACUGUGUGAGGAGCACAAUAUCGAUGGCUGCUUCUGUCCACCAGGAACUGUGUUUGAUGACAUCUUAAACAUGGGUUGCAUCCCACGAGAACAAUGUCACUGCAAGCAUGACCGCAUCUACAAACCACAAGAAGUCCUACAUGAUGAAGAGCAAGAUUGUGUGUGUCAGUAUGGAAAAUGGCACUGUAAAAUAAAACCAGUUCUCGGCCGGUGCUCAGUAGAGGAAGGAUCUCACUUCACCACCUUUGAUGGGCAGGAAUUCACUUUCCAUGGAGACUGUAACUAUGUGCUCUCAAAACGUCUGGUGAUUUCUGAAGAUGGGACAGUAAAACACAAUGCAGUAGUUUUACUUCCAUACACUCCAGCUUCACGUCAAUUCGUAGUGUUCAAUCCAUCAUCGUUCUACAUCCUGAUUGAUACAAACUUUGGGCUACGAGUGUUGGUACAGCUGGUGCCUCUCAUGCAGGUGUACAUCAACAUGGAUAAGAGAUUCCAGGGCAGGACUCAUGGUCUCUGUGGAAACUUUAACAGAGUGCUGGCUGAUGAUAUGAAGACCCCUCAGGGAUUGGUGGAGGGUACAGCGGUUUCCUUCGCAAACGCCUGGAAGGUUGAAACAAACUGCGGUUCUGAUAAAUCUGUCAUCCCCUGUUCCCACAACAGUGUCAGUGAGAUCUAUGCUGAGGACUGGUGCUUCAAGAUAAUGAACAAGAGUGACGUUUUUGCCCAAUGUCACAACAAAGUCAACCCAGAAAGCUACUACAAAAGAUGCAAAUACGCCAGCUGUACCUGUGAGAGGAGUGAGGACUGUCUGUGUGCUGUGUUUUCCUCAUAUGUUCGUGCCUGUAUGAUUAAAAAUGUAACGCUUGAAGGAUGGAGAGAAAACGUGUGUGGCAAGUAUAUACAGAACUGCCCAGCCUCACAGAGAUACUUCUAUUACCUGAAGAGCUGCCAGCCUACCUGUCUUUCUCUUUCCUCUGAGCAUACAAGCUGCAAAGAAGACUUUGUCCCUGUUGACGGAUGUGCAUGUCCAGAUGGAUUCUACAAGGAUCAGGAUGGACAGUGUGUACCAAUUGAAAAAUGUCCAUGUUACGACAAUAGAAAGAUAGUCCAACCUGGCACAUCUAUCGACAUUAAUGGUCAAUACUGUGUUUGUGUGAAUGGAGUGCUACACUGCGAGUCUGAGAAACCCCACAUUCUUGAGUGCCCUUCACCAAAGGUUUUAUUUAACUGCAGUACAGCUCGACCAGACCAACAUGGACUGAAAUGUAAACCAACUUGUAUGCAAAAGAUAGAAAAUUGUCUUUCACAGACAUGUGAAUCGGGCUGCCUGUGUCCUUCAGGUCUACUGGAUGAUGAUAGAGGAAACUGUGUUGAAAGAAAAGACUGUCCAUGUCCUCAUGGUGGACAACUUUACCAACCAGAAGCUGAGAUAACUGUAGACUGCAAUAAGUGCACUUGUCAAUAUGGAAUAUGGACAUGUACAGAAAAUAAAUGUCCAGGCACCUGCACUAUAUAUGGAAGUGGACAUUAUAAAACUUUCGACAAUCAAAGGUUUGGAUUCCAGGGAUCCUGCAGUUAUAUAGCGGCUCAGGAUACGUGUGGAAAUGGGACAGGAAUAUUUCAAGUAAUAACUGAAAACAUUCCUUGUGGAAGAACAGGGACAACAUGCUCCAAGUCUGUCUUUAUUCAAUUUGGGGUGACGUCCCUACACCUUUCAGAUGAGCUCGUAACACAUUCUUUUAUGGAAAGUGGUUUACUAAUUAGAAAAAUUGGAAUGUACCUUGUCAUUGAUACUAACAUUGGGCUGACAGUUUUGUGGGACAGCAAAACCACCAUCCACAUCAUUCUGCAACCUGAGUACAUGGGAAAAGUAUGUGGCCUAUGUGGAAAUUUUAAUAGAGAUGGAAAAGAUGACUUCACCACUAAAGGUGGAGUGCAAACUUCAAAUAUAAUUGAGUUUGUUGACAGCUGGAAGCAGAAAACCUCCUGCCCUGAUGCUGUACCAGACUUUGACCCAUGCUUUAAAAACCCCUAUCGAAUGGAAUGGGCUGUAUUGAAAUGUAGCAUCAUAAUUAGUGAUACAUUCAAAGACUGCCAAAAAAAGGUGGAUCCAACACCGUAUUAUGACAACUGUUUGAAGGACACAUGUGCAUGUGACACUGGUGGAGAUUGUGAGUGCUUGUGUACGGCUGUGGCUGCUUACGCUCAAGCCUGCAAUGAGGCUGAUGUUUGUGUGAACUGGAGAACACCUGAUUUUUGUCCUGUGUACUGUGACUACUACAAUAAACCAGGAGAAUGUACGUGGCAUUACAGUCCUUGUCAUCCACCUUGUUACAAGACCUGUCUCAACCCUAGUGGUAUCUGCAAUAACACUUUACCCAACCUGGAAGGAUGUUUUCUGACAUGUCCAGAUGACAAACCUUUUUAUGAUGAGGAAAACCAAGUCUGUGUGAAGGACUGUUAUAUCAGUACAACUAUUUCAACAUUUACAACCACGUCCACAAGUCCACUUCCUACAUCUAGUCUUAUGCCAUCAGAAAUACCAUUUACAACUAGUAUAACUCCUGGCACCACACCUAAUUCAACAUUUUCCACCACAUCCAACUACUACCACUCUGACAACAUCUGCAACAUCAGAAAUACCAUCUACAACCAUUUCCAGUACUACAACACUGACACCAUCUACAACAUCAGAAAUACUAUCGACAACUAUUUCAUCCCUGUUCGACGGGAUUGUCUUCCACCGCAAAACAUCACCUGUCAAAAUCACCAGCCAAGCGUGCUGCUUGAUGAUGAGCAUGAUUGCUGCCCUUAUUACGUCUGUGAUUGCUUUUGUCAAGGCUGGGGUGACUCCCAUUACAUUACAUUUGAUGGACUCUAUUACACUUACCACGGAAACUGCACUUAUAUUUUAAUGAAAGAAUCUAGCCCUCGAUUCAACUUAACAAUCUACAUUGAGAAUGUCUACUGUGACCCUGCUGAGAACGUAUCCUGUCCCAGAUCUCUUAUUGUGUCUUACAACGAACAAAACAUUACACUUAGGAAUCAGAGGCUAAUGGGAGGAGCAAAUCUAGAGGCUCUAGAAGGAAAUAUUAUGCUAGCACUGCCAUAUGAUAAUAAUGGUGUGAGGGUUAUUAGCUCAGACCUGAACUUAUUACUGGAAAUUCCAAAGCUCAACGCUUAUGUACUAUUCGGAAUCACUGGCUUCAGCAUCAAUCUGCCAUUCCAGUAUUUUGGAAAAAACACAGAAGGCCAAUGUGGAACAUGCAACAACAACCAGAACGAUGAUUGCCCUGGAUCCUUGGCAAACGACUGUAAAGUAAUGGCAGAGAACUGGAAUAAUACAGUUUGCACUCAACCAGCUCCAUUACCUACUCCUAACUCACCCCAUGUCCACCCUGACUGCUACCUUCUUAACACCACGUUUGAAGCGUGCCAUUCCCACGUGCCUCCUGAAAACUUCUUUUCAGCCUGCCAGUAUGAUAGCAGUAAUAAUCCUGCUGGAGUGUGUGCCACUCUGCAGAGCUACGCAAGCGUUUGCUCUCUGUUUGGGGUCUGCAUAUACUGGAGGAACUACACAAGCCAAUGCAAUAUUGGAUGUUCAGAAGAUAAAGUGUUCUUGCCUUGUGGUUCAUUUGAACCACCAACAUGUAGAGACGGACAAAUGGAGAGCAACAUUACAGUGCCCACAGAGGGCUGCUUCUGCCGACAGAACACAACACUCUUCACCAAGGAGUCUGGAGUCUGUGUGCCACAACCUUGUGGUGAGAAGCCAUAG